AUGGCCAGAAAGUCUGACCGCCGCACAGCACAACCCAGCUUCCCCUGGGAUCUCCUCAAAGCAGAAUGUUUGAGGACAAUCUGCCAUCAAUUACAGUGGAAGCGUUACAAUACCACAAAGUCGCAAAUGGUGGAAUUCUUGAAGACUGUUGAGCAGCAUGGAGUCGAGCACGCUUUGAAUGAAUAUCAAGAAAAAAAGGGCGAGGAAGAUGAAGAUGAAGCGAACACAUCGUCUACACCCGAAAUUCCUCCCUCACGGCGCCAGAAACGGAAACGUCAGCCAGAGCCCGAACCCUCACCUUCACCAGAAGGGCAGGAAGCUGGGCCUUCCCGAGAACCCUAUAACACACGGCAUAAAGGGUCGAAGCAUGUUGCAACAAUCUCAGGCGUCCGUGAACAACCGCGUCCCGUCACCUCUCCCGCGAAACUCGUUCAAACCGAAUCCGCCUCGACUGUCUUCAACCCUCCGCGACGUGACGCACCUCCACCUCGAAAGCGUGGGCGUCCUCGGAAGAAUCCUGUGAAAGGGGAGCACGCUUCAGUCUCUGCAUCGACGUCUGUUCCUGCUCAGCCAAAACGGAAGCGUGGUCGACCAAGGAAGCAGGACGCGGAAGCGGAUGUCAAGCGGGAGAAAGCGCAAUCGACGCUGCCGAAGAAGGGGAACGCUGAAGUGUUUGAUGGAGUCGUCUUGACUCCUUUGCGGCGCCCGUCUACCACUGACCGCGGUCAUGACCAUGGAGAGGAUGCUGAUGCGGAUGGAGAGGAGAUCGACGAGAAUGACGAGUAUAUCGUGGUUCCGAGUGGUGCGGAAUCGAGUUUAGCAAGCUCGAAUAAAGAAAACCAUGAUACGUUCGUCCCCCCAGACCCAUCUCUCCGACCCCCGCACGUCACCCUCCACGAAACAAUCGCUGAUGCCAUAAACGCAGCAGCAGCAGACCAGCAGCUCGGGCCUUAA